UAUGAAAUAAGAAGAGGACAAAGAUUUUGAUACUUUAGCAAGCAUUUGGAUGCAUAUGAAAUAAGUAAGAAAUAUUGAGAUAAUAGUAAAUUAAUAGUGGAAAUUAGAAGGCUGAUGGAGAUAAUAAUAAAUUACUUAAUAGUUAACAAGCAUUUUAAUAAGUGAAAUAUAAUCCAAAAAAUAUUUCAAUUUAAAUUCAUAAGUAAUAAGAAGAAUUGUUUUAAAAAAAUACAAAAUUAAUUGAUGCAUAAUAAAAGAUAAAUGAACUUGAGGAGAUUAAUCAUAAACAGCAUAAAGAUAUUGAAACCUUGAAACAAGAGAAAGAAUUGAUAUUAUAGAAAUUUGAGAUGAUAGAAGAAGUUAUUGAUAGUUUGUAGAUGGAUAAAUCUAGUAAUAGAUUGAUAAGACUUGAAAAUGAUUAAUUAAAAUAAGACAUUACUAGAUUGUUAGGAUUAUUGAAAUAAACAAAAGAAUUUAAUGAUAUAUAAAUAGAAAACAAUUAACAUUACAUUUAAGCUGAAUUUUAAUAGCAGAAAUCUAAAAUACUAGAAAAUGGAAAUAAGAAGGUUGAAGUUCAAAUCAAAGAAGAGAUGUAAAUGAAUAUAUCUAUUUAAGAUUUUGGAUACCCUAAAAAGUAAUAGACAUAAUCAAUAAUAUUGAUAUGAAUUACUCAUAAAAAAAUGAAUUAUUGAUAAGUCUUAAUUCUACAUUUUAUGAACAUUAUGCUGCAAAAAUAAACAAAUAUAAAUAGUUGACUGAGAAUGAAAUAAACAAUUUGAAAAGAUAAUUAAAUUCAAGAAUACCUUAUGAAGGAAUUAUGACAUAAAAGAAAACUGAGAGAAAUCUAAAAGUUUAAUUUUCUGAUCAAAAAUCAGAAUCUAAAAAAUCUAAAGAUACAAUCAAUAGAAAUCUAUUUUCAAAAGUAGAUGAGUAAUUGAAAGUUAAAUAAGUUAUUGAUAAAUCUUAAAUCUUUAUGGAAGGAGCAACUUGGAUAAGUAAUAUAUAGAAUAUUAUAUCAUAGUUGAAAAGAUUAAUAAUGAAAUAAUAUCAUAUGAGAUGGGUGUUUAAGCUCUAAAUUAAGAAUUGAGUUUAAAGAUUGAUACUCUUAUUGAUUAAGAAGAUUUAGCUUACAAAGCAAUUAUUAAUAAAGUGAAUAUCUCUCUUUAAUAUUAUUAGAUAUUUAAAUGGAUAACAGAUGCUUCUGAAGAAUAGAUAUACUCUUUAAAAGAAAAAUUAAAUUGUAUAAUGGAAUCCACUUAGAGCAGAGCAACCACAAGAAGAACAUUUUAAAUGACAGAAAAUGGUUUAAAUUGA